UAUAAAUCACGUUAUAUAAGUAUUAAAUUUAAUUUUAAUAUGUUUCUCCUUGAUGGGUAAUAUAUGUUUAAGCUCAAAGGAAUUAACCAAAACAGCGGGUGGAUCAGUUUUGGAUCGAGUGAUUUCACAAGCUUCUAACGAAGAUGACUGUUUAUUAUACAAGUUGGCCGACUAUAAAAAAGGUGGUGAACUUAUUAACGUUUAUAAUAAUGGUGGACAAGAGGAAGCAGAAAAAUUUAUUUCGGAAAAGCUACAUGGUCUUAUGUAUAACAGUGGUAAAGGCCAAGUUAUAAACCGUAAUGAUUAUUUAAGAUGGAAGCAUCAGAAUCAAAAACAUAUUAGCAUAAAUUUAGAAAACAAAUUAGGUCCUCAUGACCCACUGAAAAAAUGGGUAGAUCAUUUAGCUUGUUGGCAGAUGCAAUACAGAGGGUCUUUAGGAGAAAGUUUAUUACAUGUUUUAAUUAUGUGUGACACAACAUUACACACCAGAUUAUCAAGACUAUUACUUAAAUACUACCCUAUAUUAAGCCAAGAUAUCGUGGAAGGCGAAGAAUAUUUAGGAGCCAGUGCAUUACAUUUAGCUAUUGCAUACAACAAUAAUGAUUUAAUUCAAGAUUUAGUAGAUGCUGGUGCAAAUAUAUGUCAAAGAGCUAUUGGGAGUUUUUUUUUACCUCGUGAUCAACAAAAUAAAGAACUUAAUAGCAAGCAUACCGAUUAUGAAGGUCUAGCUUAUCUAGGAGAGUUCCCGUUAGCUUGGGCUGCGUGUUGCGGAAAUCAAACAGUAUAUAAUUUACUAAUAGACACAGGAGCGAAUCCCGAUGCUCAAGAUUCAUUUGGAAACAUGAUUCUACAUAUGGUAGUUGUGUGUGAUAAACUUAGUAUGUUUGGUUUUGCCUUAAAACAUCCUAAAGUACCGGCGAGCAAUGGUAUUAUGAAUAUUGCGGGAUUAACACCUUUAACAUUAUCAUGUAAAUUAGCUAGAGCUAGUGUUUUUCGAGAAAUGUUAGAGCUAAGUGCACGAGAAUUUUGGAGAUAUAGUAACAUUACGUGUUCAGCAUAUCCUUUGAGUGCAUUAGAUACAUUAUUACCUGAUGGAAAGACGAACUGGAAUUCUGCGUUAUUUAUCAUUCUGGAUGGGACAAAAGAAGAACAUUUAAAUAUGCUUGACGGUGGAAUAAUUCAAAAGUUAUUAGAAGAAAAAUGGAAAACAUUUGCACGAAAGCAGUUUAUGAAGCGUUUGAUUAUAUUAUGCAUUCAUUUGAUAAUGUUAAGUAUAUCUAUUUAUUUAAGACCAGUUGAUCAAGAUAAACCUUUAUUAGGUCUAACAGAAAAUUGGCAAGAUAUUGCUAGAUACUGCUUCGAAGGAGGUACAGUAUUGGGAGUUUUGUCUUAUUUGAUAUUUCAGCAAGGUGGUGAGAUAUUAAAUCAGGGUCUAGUUGGAUUUUUAAAACAGACGUUCAAAGAACCAGCCAAAUUAAUAUUUCUAAUUUCAAACCUGUUAAUAUUGGCUUGUAUACCUCCGCGGUUACUGGGUGAUAAACAAUCAGAGGAAGCCAUAUUAGUUUUUGCAGUACCAGGAUCUUGGUUUUUAUUGAUGUUUUUUGCUGGAGCAGUACGCCUGACUGGACCUUUUGUUACGAUGGUCUAUUUGAUGAUUACGGGAGAUAUGUUAACAUUUUUUGUGAUAUAUUCAGUUAUUUUGUCUGGAUUCACACAGUCAUUUUUUUUCUUGUAUAAAGGUUCUCCAGAAGUUGCUUCGUCAUUGUAUAAAUCAUAUCCAUCUACGUGGAUGGCUUUAUUUCAAGUUACGAUGGGAGAAUACAAUUAUGCUGAUCUUAGUUACACUGUGUACCCUGCUCUAAGUAAAACAGUCUUCACUAUAUUCAUGGUAUUGGUUCCAAUAUUACUACUCAAUAUGUUGAUAGCUAUGAUGGGUAAUACUUACGCUCACGUAAUUGAACAAAGUGAAAAAGAAUGGAUGAAACAAUGGGCUAAAAUAGUAGUAACACUAGAAAGAGCAGUACCGCAAAAAGCAGCAAGAACAUAUUUAGAAGAGUAUAGUAUACAGCUAGCUCCCGGCGAUGAAACAAAUCCAGAACAAAGAGGUUUUAUGGUUAUCAAAUGUAAAAGUCAGACAAGAGCAAAGCAACGAAAAGGAGCUGUUAUUAAUUGGAAGAAAAGUGGAAAGUUAGUCAUUCAAGAGCUACGAAAAUUAGAAGGUACCGGUCAAAGUUUAAAAGACAUCAUUUGGAAAAGAUCUUCUCUAACAAAUUCAUCUCCUAUUAUAAAUAAAUUACAAGGAAAUAAAAAAGGAAAAGAAAAUUCAAAUAAAAGUAUUGACCAAUCUAAACUUUCGGGAGCACUCGAAGCUGCGUUAGAUGCAAUGGCUACAAAACAUGAUUUUAACAUAACUUCACCCAUAAUGCAAAAUAUAGAAGAAGUUCAUGAUCCUUUGAGACAGCUAGUCAUUAUGACAGAAAAUAACAAUAAUAUUGACAAUCACCAAAUCGAAAUUGUAGCAAACAAAGCUGCUAAAAUUUCUGUACAAAAUUUUACGACACCAAAAAAAAAUGUACAACAAGCAAAAAACGGUAUUGAAUCUAAAUCCUUAUUGGAUUUUCAAACAAAAUAUAAUUGUAUUAUACAUCAAUGUGAAAAUUUAUCAGUAAAUGAGUAUAAUAAAACUGUCUUGAAUACAAAAAGUAGGUCAACGCAAACAAGCAGCUCAGAUAUCCUACUAAAAAAUGAAACUCAAGUUUCUCGACCAAAAACUGCAAAAGUAAAUCGUGUAAUGCCAAUUCCAAAUUUCAAUGUAAAAAGAGGAAGUUCCGCACAACAGAACAAAAGGGAUCACUCCAAAGAAGAUCAAUCACAAUGUUAUUGCUUGAGCGGAAACAAUAUGCUACGCCCAUGGAGCACACAGGAUUUAGCACCACUAAGUACUAUAUUGGCGUGGGGUCCAAAUGAUGAUUUCAUUUAAAAUCUCAAAUAAUUACAAUUUUAAAGCACAAUAAGAUAUGUAUAUUUUUAUUAAAUACAUUGAAUUAAUUUAUUCAACAUAAUAUUUUUUACUUUUCUUAUUCUAAAAAUUUUAACUAAUUUUAUUAAAAUUACUACUUUUUAAAUAUAACUUCUUAAAAUGACAAUUUUCAACAAUCAUUUAUUUUUUUAUUU